AUGCAACAGCAGAUGCAACAGCAGAUGCAACAGAUCCAGCAGCAGAUAGUGGGUAUGGAAGAGCGUUUAAUCGUACGCAUCUCUAUAAGCGAUGCCAACAACCUUGCUCGCCUCGCCAAUUCACAGAUUGCGGCGCCCGACCAUGCUCUUAUACCGCUACGAAGUACAACAAAUACUCCAAUUGACAAUUUUCCCGCUACACCUGCUGCUAUCGCAACACUCUCGCAAGCAAGUCUAACGACUUUGCUUAGAGCAGUCGGCGAGAAUCCCUAUGGAAGCGCUACGCUAAGACGUCAGUGCUUUCGCCGUGCUAUUGGGUUGAAGGAGGCAGCUGUAUAA